AUGGAUGAUGUCCCCAAGGCGCAGCAAUUCCUGGAACCACCGGGGCUAAACAAGUUGGAACUCAGCGAAAGACGGUGCCUGCUUCGAAAAAAUCCCCUACCACGUGCCGUACAAGAGCAUGGUCAUAUUUCUCAUGGUCAGUCCGUCUCUCUUAUGGACCAGGAAUCAAAAGGCUCGGUGGGCGUGUUUUUAUCACCUUCCGGUGUUGAACAGAAGAUAUAUGCCCUAACUGCGUAUCCUGUUCUGCCAUUCAAGACAUCCAACGAAUCGCUUGUGAAAACACCGGCACGACUCGACCUCCUCAGUCAACUCCUUGCCGCUAUCGAGAAUGCAGAUCAUGACCGUGUUGGUGGAUUGCUACGAGGAUGGGAUGAGUCAUGUGGACAAGUGGAGUAUGGCCAUAUCGGUACAACAAUCAAUGGGUGGAAGAGUGACUUUGCGUUGUUCUCUCUUAACGACAAGUGGACCGGGGCAAAUGGUCAGUGGUAUAAGCCUCGAGAACUGGCCGACCUCGUCAUGGAAACCGAAAAACAUCAGUCAAAAUUCCUUGGAACGCAUGGCCUCGUUGGCAACCUCGAUCCACAAGCCGGACAGAUCUGUUACAAGGAUGGUGCAGCAACAGGUCGUACAACGGGAACGAUUGGUCAGACUGAAGCCCUGGUGUAUUUAAAAGAAACGGCAGACAUUGCUCCCCCAGGAACUUCAGACUCAAUUCAGACUCACUUCAGAUUCACUUCAGACUCAAUUCAGGGUUUAAAUUAG